CGGUGAGAGCCGCUAAGUUGAAGUAACCAUCACCUGCUGAAGGGUUACUAUAGGCCACGAAUUGUAGUUGGCGUUUUGCAGGCAUUGCAACAAUUUUAGGAGGUGGGAAUUACCCUUCCCAUUCUGCAGAGGAGGGAACUGGGGUUUAGAAAUGGGAAGCGACUUGCCUAAGGUCACAGACAGCAAGCCAGGAAAGGGUCUAACACUGGGAAAUGGCGAGCCCAAGUCUAGGGAUGGAAGUGAUGGCUCGGGAAUCCCACUGGACAGGAUUGGUCAGAAGCCAGCCUAGGGACCUCUAGGAUGUGAGGGAGCAUCAGAGUGAGAGAUAGGGCAAGAAUCAUGAACUGUGGCAGCUAGGAACGGUCUUCUUAGCGAUUGGGAUCCUGACUCCUUGAGAAUCUUGGAUACCCCUUCUCCACUAGAAGAAAAUAUACAUAGAGACAGGAACAAUUCUAAGAAGUUUAUGGACAGGAGAUGCUGUUUCUUCCAUUGCUUCCUGUAUCCUUUCCCUGAAUGUUUUUCCCCCCAUGACCACCAGGUGGACUCCUAAUUUGCUAAAAACAAACCAAAAAAACCUGGCUCAAAUUUGUCCUGGGGAGCACCACCCCUGAUUUGCCUGCCCCUCAUACAUAUUCCUUUGCUUAUUCAAUAUAUAUUUAUUUAGCAAUAAUGUAUUUUGACCCAGGUGAUAUUCUAAGUGCUGGAAAUAGAGCAGCAACAAAGAAAAACAAGGCCCCUGUCUUCCUCAGAGUUCACAUUCCAGUCGGGGAAACAGAUGAUAAUUUUUUCCAGUGGACCUUGAACUCUGUGAGGGCACUUUUGUCUUCCUGAGGCCUAGUACAGGGCCUGGGAUGCAGAAGUAGUUAAUAAAGGUUGGUUUGAUGAACGAUUGAGGAACCAAUCUGGAGUUUCAAACAUUAAACCGCAAAAAUGUAAAAGGAUAAAGCGUAAAGUACCUAAUCGAGAAGUCAUGCAAUCAGGUUAAGACAAGGCCCCCUGGGGAUACAAUGGAGAAUUUAGAAGUGAGUGUUCCCUGGAGCCCAGGUGCCCCACGCUUGAACCUAAUAGGUAAGAUUUAUGGAGCAAUUGUGGUAAGCUUUUCCAUUUACAGUGUUUGCACAUAACAUUAUCAUUUAAUCUUCACAUGAGGCUUGCAAAGUACCUAUUAUUGGCCUCAAUUUACAGUGAGUGAAGUCAAGCCCAGAGUUAAUUUAGGGCCGACACCGUUUCUCAGUGGGAGAGCUGGUUCUGACCCCAGCCUCUCUUCCCAAUACCCAGGCUGCCUCUUCCUACAACAUGGCCAUAUAGGGAAGGGAAAUGCAGAGACGUGUCAUUGCUCAAAUCCCCCAAAUCCUCUUCAUCCAGUCCCUCACCCCCGGGAUGCUGCUCUUAGGGGCAAAGGGCAGAGGGGAAGGGGGCUUAGUAGGUUAAUUAUUAACCCUUAGUACCUCAGAGUACCGCGGGCUUCUCUCCCCUCCUGGAGGUGAGGCGAAGGGAUAAGGACUGGCUAGCGGUUGGUGAGGGGGCCGUGGUCCCAGCAGCAGCCAUGAGGGUCAUGCUGCCUCUGCAGGUCCCGCGGCGCUGGUUCUGCCGUGUAAUUCCUCUCACUGUCUUCACGCUGCUGCUGCUUUAUCUCAGCGCUCGGAGCCUCCGUGCGUGGCCCCUUCCCUCACCUGCUCUGGGAGGAACCCAGGAAUCCAGGACCUCGGGACCUAAGCCCCCUCCUGGAGCCCUCACCGCUCCACCUCGCCUCUCCCCUGGCGCCCUCUCAGGCUGCCCAUCCGGAACACAGUCCUGCAUUCCCGAGGGACUGCCGCCUUUCCAGGUUCGGCAACAGUCAGGACCCCUGGAGGCCCCGGAGAGAGAAGAGCCUCAGUGUCUGGGCCCCCAGGGGAUGCUGGGCCGCAUGAUGAGGCCGUUCCGCGCCAGUCUGAACCCCGAAGGGGAUGUGGAAUUGUCGCAGUACCUGGCAGGAUGGAGGGAGCUAGUCAAGUUCCUAACUCCGCUCCGCUCCAUCUUCGCCUUCGCCACAAGCGAGGCCUUCAUCAAAGUGACAGCCCUGGAGGCUCGCGUGCACGGGCCAGAUGCCGCGCACUACACGUCGCUGGCAGCCAUGGUGACCUGGGAGCGGCGGGCGGGACUUUUGGAGCCGCCCGGGAUCGCCCCUCGAGACCUGGCCAAGUCCUCAGGCUCGCGAACGAUGCUUUUGCUGCACCGUGCGCUACGGUGGUCCCAGCUCUGCCUCCACCGGGUGGCGACCGGGACGCUCGGAGGCCCGGACGCCGGUGUGCAGUGCAGCGACGCCUACGACACAGCUUUGGCCCCGUACCACCCUUGGGUCAUCCGUCAGGCCGCCCGACUCGCAUUCCUCGCCUUCCCAGGUCGCGGCCGCUUGCUGGAGUUGGCCUGUCCGGGAACUAGAGAGGCGGAGGCACGGGCCGCGCUGGCCCGGGCCGCGGGCACCCUGGAAGAUGUUUACAACCGCACCCAGGGCUUGUUGGCCGAACGCGGCCUGCUCCAGCUGGCCUGAAGCCAGCAGCUGCCGGGACCGGCGAGGCACGUAGCGCCCCGGCGCGGGGUGAGCGCCACCCGGAGUCUACUCCUCCGCGCUGGCUGCCAGCGCCAGGGGGCGGGGCCGCCGCCUAGCUCUCCUCUUCGGUGACGUCAUCGCCCUUGAGGGCUCGCCCCCGGCGGGAGUGGUUUUUAGCACCUCCCUUUAUUCGCUGCCUUGGA